AUGAAUUCUGGGCCCAACAGCACGCGAGAGCGAACGUACGAAUACCAUCUCCAAACAUACGGCCCAAAUGUAACAUUCGACGACUUUGUUGCAAACUUCACUGCCUCUGCGUAUGAUCCUAGGGAGUGGGUUAAUCUUUUUGCUGAUGCAGGAGCCAACUAUUUCGUCCAAAGCGCUAAACAACAUGACGGCUAUGCACUUUUCGAUCUGCCGACGAAUAUUAGUCUCAGGACUAGCGUUAUACAAACUCCCCACCGCAACCUUCUUCAGGAACUAUAUGAUGCUGCGGAUAAAUACCAGCCUCAUCUACACAAAGGCGCAUACUAUAGUCUACCAGAGUGGUUUCAUCCUGACUAUCACGGGUUUGGAGAAUGGCCUGGCGGUAAUGCUACCAACCCAUACACAAACGAGAAACUACCAUACCUUGGGUACGUGCCUCUUUCGGAUUAUGUGUCAGAGAAGGUGUUACCUGAGAUGCGGACAUUGGCUGCGAUGGGCACAGACCUCCUUUGGUGUGACAUCGGCGGUCCUAAUCUCACGACACAAUUCGCGGCGGAGUACUUCAACAAUGCUAGAAAACAGGGAAGGCAGGUCUCAAUUAACAAUCGAUGUGGUAUUAAGGGAGAUUUCGACACAGCUACCUAUUCGACUUUGCAGCGCAACCGGAAAUGGGAGAGGACAGCGAGUCUUGACCCGUUUAGUUUUGGUUACAAUCGAGCGACCCCUGAAGACGCGUACAUGAAACCUCAAGUCAUCGUGACGAGGUUGAUCGAAGCUAUAUCCAUGAAUGGCAAUUUUCUCCUCAACGUAGGCCCUACCGCCGAAGGUAUGUGUAUCAUUCCUUCCAUCCAGCAACACAAUCUUCGAGUCGCAGGAAAAUGGAUCAAAUCCCACUCUGAAGCCAUUUUCAACACCACCUUCUGGUCCAUGGCAUCUUCUGAUGAAAAGGAUCCCAACAUUCGUUUCACCCAGACCGCCGACGCUUUCUACAUCCUUGCAAUGACCAAACCGAAUACCACACUCACCAUACAUUCGCCAGUACCUUAUAGAGAGGGUGACAAUGUCACUGUGGUGGGUGGCAUGAAUGCUGGUGCAAUCAUACCGAGUUAUUUGGACAACGGGUUGCUGAGUUUGGACAUCAAGAACGACAUAGUGGAGGCUGAUGAGUUCGCAUGGGUAUUCAAGAUCACUUAUUGA